UCCAUUUCCUCCCCCACUUGUUUUACGUCUCUCUUGGUCUGUCUCGCUCUCCCUCCUCGGUCUCUCGAUUCCAACUCUCAGGAUGGAAUCCACAGCAUGGAAUACCACCACCUACUUCUCUACAGACUCAUCCGCUCCCAACUCCUCCAUCCCUUAUUCUGUUGGAAUCUCCUUUCUCCUGGUUGCUAUGGCCUUGGGUCUCCCUGGAAACCUCCUAGUGGUUUGGACCAUACUAUUCCGCCUGAGUCGCCGUUCCAUCACGUCCCUCUUAAUCCUCCAGCUAGCGGCCGCUGACGCACUCGUGCUGCUCUCCGCACCCUUCUUUAUUCACCAGCUCUUCAAGGCCAGAGUCUGGGAGUUUGGAGAGAUAAUGUGUAAGCUCCUGCAUUAUGUCUGUGGCAUCAACAUGUACCUCAGCAUCCUAUUGAUUACCUUGAUGGGGGUCGACCGACUCCAUGGCGUGCUACGCCCUUUCUGGUCCCAGCGCGUCCGGACGAAGUCGAGGCUCUUUCCUAUCAUGGGUGUGGUGUGGGCGCUGGCUACAGUGCUGCCCACUCCUCAGCUUGUGUACCGCCAGGUCCGAAAGGGGGAGUGUACCACGCAUCACCCCGGGCCCGCCCACCAGGUGUUCCACUAUUCCCUAGAAACAGUUACUGCGUUCCUGGUCCCCUUCAGCAUCAUGACGUUCUGCUACUUACGCAUCGCUCAUGCCUUAGCAUCCAGCCGUGCCCACUGGCACCACCGCUCCUACAGGAAGACCAACCGCCUCAUCACACUGAUAGUCGUGACUUUCGCCCUCUUGUGGGCUCCGUACCACCUGGUCAACAUCCUGCAAGUGGGGGCCGUUCUCUCCGGGUCUUCCACGGAUUUGCUGGGGUUCUGUCUGAGAGCUAGGACAGUGGUCAUAGCUGUAGCUUACCUCAGCAGUGCUGUCAACCCUCUGCUCUAUACCAUGGCUGGCUCCUGCUCUGGCUCCUCCCUCACAAUCUAUGGCUCCUCCUCCGGGUGUUUGGGGGGCGUGGCACAGCUGCUUGAGGGCACGGCCUCCAACAUGGACAUGCCCAGCGUGAGAGCAAAGCAUGAUGGUAGCGGUAGAGAGAAAGACAAGGAGGACUGGGGAGGUGGGAAACCAGAGGGAGAGGUUGAAGAGAUGACAAUGGUUCCAGGGAAAAGAGAGGUGGAGGACGAGGGGGCAGAACAAGAAAAAGAGAUGACAAUAGUUCCAGGAAAAAAGGAGGAAGAGGAGGGAAACUAAUUCCCUGAAGGCAAAGAAAUGACUGGACUGAUUGUGAAAGUCCUGCAUGCUAUUGCUUGCCAGUCGGUCAUGACUCCUCUGAUAGCUGUCUUGUUGUGAAUGUCGAUCUCACCUCUAAGAGUUUCAUAAUCAAUCAACGGCAGCCAUAUCUUCUCUGAGAAAAGUCUUUUUAAUUUUCUUGCACUGGCACAAACACAACAUGUCUUAAUGCUUUUGAUCAAAUAAAUGUGGUAAACAAUUAUACAAAAAUUGGUAACACUUUACAUUAUACAGUGCUCUUUUUACUCUAACAAUUUGGUAUUGUAGUGUACUUACAUGCGCGCGUGCGCACACACACAAAUCAAAUAAAAUUUUACUUGAUUUGACACAAAUGGAGAGAAGGAGAGAGAGUCAGACAAAGCAUACUGUAAAGACAAUUACCUAAAUUCACUCCACCACCCACUGAUAUUGAAUCACCACCUCUAAAAACAGAGAUAUGGUUCAGUUAGUCGGUAAGUCAGUCAUGAACCAUUAGGAAACAUGACUUGCACAUCUAGUGGCCAACCAUGCGAACUACAGGAAACUACAUUC